AGGAAAUCCGCAACUGGGAGAAUGGCCAAGAAGAGGAGCAAGAACUCGAAAGCGGCGACGGGAGCAGGGCCUUCCACCGACGGGGAUAUCCCACUGCUGAACGAGGAGGCAUUGUCUGCUUUGACUGCCAGGAUCGAAUCAGGACUUGGAACGAGCAAUGCGCAACAAGAAUCUCAUCUGGCCACCAAUCGUGACCAUGAAACCCGGGACAAAUUGUCCAAAGAGUCAAAGGCGACUUCAAAAAUAAUGCCGACCGAAACUCCGAGAGGCACGAAAAGAGACGCCAAUGGCAAUGCAAAACUUGCUGGUCAGCAGUUGGGCAAUAGUCGCAAUUCUACACAUCAGAGCGAACAAACUGGAGACGCUCGGAACGCUAUGUUGGAGGAAAUCAUAGCUCUUGGAGGUACCGAGGAAGAUCUAGAUCUCAUUUUGGAUGUCGCGUCCGACGAAGAAGCCGAUUCCAGUGCUGGUAUCACUCUUGAUAAGUCAUUUCGGAAAGAGCUUGCAAGUUUUGUCUCGCAGCUUGGAAUUGAGCCAACCACGAACAGUACGGAGGCUGAUGCUGCAAGUGAAGACUCAGAGGACGAUUGGGAAGCGGCCUCUGCUUCAGAUGCCUCAGAAGGAUCCAGUACACGAAUGGUCGAAGCUGUCAAAGAGCAGCAACCAAGCACAACAACAAGGAGGGUUGCAGCUGCAUCAGGAAAUGUUAACCAUCUCAUCUUUGAAGCACGUCCUGAUUGGCAUGCUACUCCGCUUCCUACUCUACCUACUUCGCAAGUCCAAGAUACCUCAGAGUACCGCCACGCUGUUGCAAGCCUGAAGGACUAUGCUAAAUCUUUACUUGAGGCUGAUAGUAAUCUAUACGCUUCUAAACAUCUCUCAUCAUCAUCGUCACAUCGCUUUCUUUCUACCAUCAUGGCUUCCGGUACACUCUCAGACAAAGUCUCGGCAUUGACACUUGUGGUCCAGGAAUCUCCGGUACACACCACCAAGUCUUUUGAAAGUCUACUCACGCUAGCCAAGAAGAGAAGUCGGGGCCAAGCAGUAACUGCUUUAGGUGCACUGAAGGAUCUCCUAGGAGCAGGAGUGGUCUUGCCAGCUGAUAGACGUCUACGUACCUUUGCAACACAGCCUGGACUCCUUUCCACGUUGCAGCAAGAGUCCCUCCUGAGCUGGAGACCCGGCCAAAGCCUGCCUGGCGAUCUCUCUAAGGCGCAUUUGAUAUACUGGGCGUAUGAAGACUGGCUGAAGGAAUCUUAUUUUGAUAUGCUGAAAGUUUUGGAGGGAUGGUGCAACGACGAAGUUGAAUAUGCUCGGUCGAGAGCUGUCAGCUAUGUUUACGAGCUUCUGAAAGAGAAACCCGAACAAGAAGCUAACCUCCUUCGGCUUUUGGUCAACAAAUUGGGCGAUCCGGACAAGAAAAUCGCAUCUAGAGCGUCGUAUCUGUUACUCCAAUUGCAGGUCUCUCAUCCACUCAUGAAGUCAAUAAUUAUUCGAUCGGUGGAGACGGAAUUACUCCUUCGGCCGGGCCAAAGCUCACAUGCGAUUUAUUAUGCCAUCAACACACUCAAUCAAACAAUACUGAGCGCUAAAGAAGAAGACGUGGCAAUGAAGCUUCUGGAUAUUUAUUUUGCCCAAUUUGUUUCGCUGCUGAAGAAACCAGAGCAGUCAAAAGUCGUAGAUGCACCUGUAACUAAUCGCAAGGGACAGAUCCAGGGAGGAGGGGCACCGAUGGGCAAGAAAGCAAAAGCUCGUGUGGCUAAAGAGGAAGAGGCCAAAUUGAUUAGCGAGGAGACGACCGAGAAACUGAUAUCUGCGGUCCUGACAGGCGUCAAUCGAGCAUUUCCGUUUUCACAAACCGAUGACCUCACCCUCGAAAAGCACAUGGAUACUUUGUUCAAGAUCACCCACUCUUCAAACUUCAACACUAGCAUCCAGGCGUUGAUGCUGAUAGAACAACUAGCUACAACCAAACACCUGGCCGUUGACAGAUUUUACAGAACUCUCUACGAAUCGUUGCUCGAUCCACGUCUUGUCACGUCUUCCAAACAUGCUUUGUAUCUUAAUUUACUGUUCCGGGCGCUGAAGGCCGAUUUGAACGUAAAACGUGUAAAAGCGUUCGCCAAAAGAAUGCUGCAAGUUGUCACAUUACACCAAGCGCCGUUCAUCUGCGGAGUUCUGUACCUUUUAAGAGAGCUAGAGACGAUUUUUCCUGCCCUCAAAUCACUUCUUACCGAAUCUGAAGAAGGUGAUGAUGACGAGGAAGAGAUAUUUCGUGAUGUGCCCGAAGAUGGCGAAAUAUCAAAGGCCCAAUCCACAAAUCUUGAUCCACUAUUUCAUCGUGCACCAUACGAUGGGCGGAAGCGAGAUCCUGAACAUAGCAAUGCAGACAAGAGUUGUCUUUGGGAAUCAAUUCCUUUUCUAGUUCAUUUUCAUCCAUCUGUAUCAUUAUUCGCCUCACGACUUCUGAACAACGAGAAAUUACCACCCAAACCCGACUUGGCCUCUCAUACUCUCUCAAGCUUCCUCGACAGAUUCGUCUAUAGAAACGCGAAAACAGCCGCCAGUGGACCAAAAGGGGGAUCUAUCAUGCAACCACUCUCUGGUGGUGACAGCCGAGGAAUACUUCUGUCGAGCAGAAAUGGUAUUCGCUCCUUGGAUCCUCUGAACACGGAGAAUUUCUGGCACAAGAAGGCAGAAGAUGUUGCCGUUGACGAGGUAUUCUUUCACAGAUAUUUUAGCAAAAUCGGCAAGUCCAAAGAGGCUUCUGGGAAGAAGAUAUCUGAUUCAAGAAUGGCGGAGGAUGAAAAUGGAGAAGAGGACCAAGACGAGGACGAGAUCUGGCAAGCGCUUGUGGAUUCACGACCAGAGGUGGAGGGCCCCAGCGAUGAUGAUUCUGACAUGGAGAUGCUAGACCUAGAGGACUCAGAUGUGUCUGUCAAUGAGUCCGAGGUUGAGAGUGAAGGAGAGGUAGCCUCGUUCGAGGACACAGAAGACGAAGAAGGCGAUUCGGAUGGUCUCUACGAAACGAUGACUAAUGGAAGCGGUGCUGAACUUGAAGUCGAUGAUCUCUUCGCGAGAGAAUUACAGACUGCGGCAGGAGAGCCAGAAGAGGAAACGGGCAAGCAAAGUGGCAGGGAAAAGCGGAGGAAGCUUAAGAGUCUACCAACCUUUGCAUCUGCAGAAGACUAUGCAGAGAUGCUUGACAAUGAUGAGGAUGAAGAUUUUGGAGGGUCGAGUUAGACUGUGGGUCAUGAAAUUCCAAAGCACAUGCUCAAUUCAUUGCUACUGUAGAGCAAACCAAACCAUUGAAAAAUUCAACAUUAAGG